GUAAAUGUUCAUUGUGUUCAUGAUUUGGAUUCAUGCUUAGGUUGUUUGUUUAUGUGGUCAAUGACGUGCCUGCACACACACUGCACUCUUCAACCUAUUAUUUUCUAUCCAUCGACAAGUUGUUUUUUUCUAUUUUGUCUGAAUUGUUUUCAUUGGCACGAUCCGAACACCAUUUUGUCAUAUGCGGAAAAAUUAAAUCGUUAAUGAUCCGCCAUUAGUCAACUCCGCUUCGCAUUAUUUACUCGUUCGAUCGCUUCUUCUUCUCCGGCGACUUCCUUUCUUUCUCUCUACGAAUCUGAAUGAAUUCGUGAGUGGUGAGGGGUCCUCUGCUAUGUAUGUUGGUCAAUUUAUGCUGAUCAUCACCUAUACCUGAGCAGAAGUUUUGCUUUCUAUUUGCUCUUUUUAUAGUUUCGAUCUUGAAUAAAACAAGAUGGGAAAAGCAUCGGGCUUGCUUCUAUUUCUGUUGGGUUUCGGGUUCUUUGUUGUGACAUAUAAUCUUCUGACUCUGAUAGUCCACAAUAGAUCUGGUGUGCGUAAUUCAGAUGGAAGUCCACUUGUAGAUCCUGUCGUUCAGAUGCCUCAUAGAAAAGUCAAGAACUCCCCAGCACCACGCUUUCAUGUUGCCUUAACAGCUACAGAUGCACCUUACAAUAAAUGGCAGUGUCGUAUUAUGUAUUAUUGGUAUAACCGGAAGAAAGCUCUUCCUGGCUCUGAUAUGGGAGGCUUUACUCGUAUUCUGCAUUCCGGUAAUCCAGAUAACUUGAUGGAUGAAAUACCCACUUUUGUCGUUGAUCCUCUUCCCCCUGGUGUUGAUCUGGGGUAUGUUGUCUUAAAUAGACCAUGGGCAUUCGUGCAAUGGCUUGAAAGAGCUACCAUCAAGGAAGACUAUGUGCUGAUGGCAGAGCCUGAUCAUAUAUUUGUUAAUCCCCUUCCUAAUUUGGCUGUUGGAGGAUACCCAGCCGCUUUUCCGUUUUUCUAUAUUACACCGCAAAAGUACGAAAACAUAGUCAGAAAGUACUAUCCAGUGGAGAUGGGCCCUGUAACAAAUAUCGACCCCAUUGGCAAUUCUCCUGUUAUUAUAAGCAAGGAAUCACUUGAAAAAAUUGCUCCUACAUGGAUGAAUGUCUCGCUGACAAUGAAAAACGAUCCAGAGACUGAUAAGGCUUUUGGAUGGGUGCUGGAAAUGUACGGUUACGCAAUUGCAUCUGCUCUGCAUGACGUGCGGCACAUACUUCGGAAGGAUUUCAUGGUUCAGCCUCCAUGGGAUCCGUCUACCAAGGACACGUUUAUCAUCCAUUACACUUAUGGAUGUGACUACAACAUGAAGGGUGAGCUGACAUAUGGCAAAAUAGGAGAGUGGCGAUUCGAUAAGAGAUCACAUCUGCGAGGUCCUCCUCCGAGGAACAUUUCCAUGCCGCCUCCUGGUGUUCCGGAAAGUGUGGUGACUCUUGUGAAGAUGGUGAAUGAAGCUACUUCCAAUAUCCCUAAUUGGGACGCUGUCUAACUUACAUAUCCACAAGACACAAACAAUAGGGAGGACCCUAACGAAUCCAAUACAGCAUGUUUUGCCAAAUGAAUACUUUUUAUUUUUUUAUUUUAUUUUAUAACUCUUACAUCCUUCUUUCAGUUAAAUGAUGAACUCAAAGUAAAUUAUGAAAACUGGUUUGAGACAAUGUUUAAGAGAAA